ACACACACUCCAGUUAAUCGACACAAAUACACACCAGUUAAUGGACAAAAUGUCAACCAACGGAACCUUUUUUAUCCCAGAGAUAAAAAAAUCUCGUUCCUCGGAAGAAUUUCAAAUCGGUGAUAAAAUUUAUGUGAAUGGUGUUAAACCUGGUAUCAUCCGUUUCUUGGGUACAACCAAUUUUGCCUCUGGUAAAUGGUCAGGUAUUGAAUUAGAAGAUGGUUCAGGUAGGAACGACGGAUCAGUUAAUGGAAUCAGGUAUUUCUCUUGUAAACCCAACCAUGGUAUAUUUGUCAGACCUCACCGUUUAACCCUGGAACCAACGUUGGAAAAGAUACCUUCCACCGAGUCAUCAUCAACAAAUGGCGAUACCCGAUGCUCCUCAGCAACAUUAACAUCGUCCAUCCGACAAACCCCUGUAAUUAAAAAGACAAACAAAACCUCGCAAUCACACAAUCUUACUUCAGCAGCUAACGAGAAAUUGCGUAAAGGUAUUCUUCGAGCUCUGGAUUCAUCCGGUUUAGUUAAAUGUCAUAAACACUAUUCCUCAGGUAAGAGCAAAGAUUCUCGAGCCACUCUCGAUCAAAGGAUCACUUACCUUGAGAAUGAAGUGCGACAGCUUAGAGCAGAAAAGGCUAAACUCACUGAGUCUUUAAUAAACCAAUUGACUCUGGUAAAAGAGGAUAAUGGUGACCUAAGUGAUCAGGUUGUGUCUCUACAAAUCGACAAUAUUGCUCUUCAUAUGAGAGUUGAUGAGCUCAAUAAGCUCUGGACUUGUAACAAGUUGUUGGUAAAAACCUUGGAAUUGGUUAUUAGCGAAUGGCGCAGGGACGUUCAAUCAAAGGACAAUAGCGGGCAAGCUCUACGAGAUGCGUUGGUACAAACUAAUUCACUCAAUCGACAAUUAAUGACGAUGAUUGCAAACGACAAGAGACGCAAAAAUGACGAUUUAGCGCAAUUGAAAGAGCAGUUGUUGAUGGAAAAUUGAAAUUCAUCUUGCCAGCAUCAUCAGGAGAAACCCAAAUUUUACUGGAUAAUCAAAGAAAAAUCAAUUCAUCGUCCUUAAAAUCUAUUGCUUUUACUCAUUUUUUAUGUUGUAUCAUUGAAUUUUAUUGUAAGACUAUUUGUGGAUUUUUUGAUCUUAAACAAAGUAAAAUGUCAUUGAAACGAUUUACAAGAAAAAAAA